ACGGCCGUUGCGGCGCGUGCGCGGCCGGGUGAGGCGGCGGGCAGCAACGGCGGGUAGCGAGGCCCUUCAGCCUGUCGCGGCCCAGGGUUUUCGCGUUGGGCUCCGGCGGGCGUUUUGCGGCGGUGCCUCGGAGGCCGGGAUCACGGCGGUACAGCCGCCUCGCCGGGAUGCCCUGUCCCGCCGCUCGGGCGGCAGGACGGGACGGGGAGAGCCCUGCCGUCGGGGAGGAAGGCAGCUCAGAUGAAGACCCCCCUAACUCAUUUGUGACAGAAGCCAGUGAGCAGUGUGCUGUUCUUACAGAUUCCGUUUGUGCUCAUCUUUUUCCAAGGGCAAAACAGAUUCUAUUAUCAUCUGACUUGGAGACAGUGGUACCCCAUCCUCAGGAGCCUCAGAAUCUGGAUGACUCGUCACCUGCCAGUCAGUUUUCCCUGGUGUACUGGCCACACCAAUGUGAAGUCAUCAGGGACAGAAUUGAGCACAUCGAUUGGAUACCCACUACCCCUGAGCCACUGUACACUCCAACAGGUUUGGAGAUGAUGCCACCAUACCAAACUCCUGACAAAGGCACUGUGAUUUAUCUAGGAGAAGAAGCUAACAAAACCUCCUGCUUUAUGUAUUCCCGAGUAAGAGGUCUCUGCCCCUUGAAGCAGAUCCUCCGCCAGAAAGAGGACAACACACUGAUCUUUGAAGCACGGUUUGAGAGUGGAAAUCUGCAGAAGGUAGUCAAAGUCAAUGAAUUUGAGUACCAGCUGACCCUGCGCACCGACCUCUACACAAGCAGACACACGCAGUGGUACUACUUCCAAGUAAGCAACAUGCAGGCAGGGAUGCCGUAUCGCUUCACUAUUGUCAACUUUACCAAUCAUAACAGCCUAUAUAAACGUGGUUUGCGGCCACUGUUGUACUCAGAAGCCGAUGCUAAGAAACACAAGGUUGGCUGGCGAAGGACUGGAAAUGAAAUCAAGUAUUACAAAAACAAUGCAGGCCAAGGUGGACAUCAGUAUUUCUCACUCACUUGGACGUUCCAGUUCCCUCAUGACCUAGACACCUGCUACUUUGCCCACUGCUAUCCUUACACCUACUCCAACCUGCAGGAGUACCUGGUGGCCAUCUCUAAAGAUCCAGUGAAGUCCACAUUCUGCAAGAUUCACAUCUUGUGCCAUUCACUGGCAGGAAACAUAGUGUAUGUUUUAACUAUCACCAACCCCCCUGAAAGUGGCAAGGGCACCGAGAGAAAGGCUGUGAUACUAACUGCCAGGGUGCAUCCAGGAGAAACUAACAGUUCCUGGAUAAUGAAGGGCUUUCUGGAUUACAUUCUUGGCGAUUCAGGCACAGCUCGACUGCUACGGGACAAUUUUGUCUUCAAAGUGGUACCCAUGCUGAAUCCAGAUGGUGUGAUUGUGGGAAAUCACCGCUGUUCUUUAACAGGUCAAGACUUGAACCGCAAAUACAGAUCUAAUGGGAAGAGAUGUUAUCCUUCCAUAUGGUAUACCCGAAACAUGGUCAAAAGAGUGAUGGGGGAACGUGAUGUUUUUCUGUAUUGUGACAUCCAUGGUCACAACGGGAAAAAAAAUGUCUUCAUGUAUGGUUGUGAGAGAAAGCAACAAGCAAAAUCACCAUACAUGCAUCCACGUGUCUUCCCGCUCUUGCUAAGCAAGAGCUGCCCAGAUAAGUUCUCAUUCACAGACUGCCACUUCAGAGUACGAAAGAGCAAAGAAGGCACAGGUCGAGUGGUAAUGUGGAAGAUGGGCAUCAACAACAGCUACACUUUGGAAGCCUCUAUCUGUGGCUCUAAGUUAGGCUGCAGACAGAGCACCCAUUUCGAUAUGAAAGACUUGGAGUCAAUAGGACAGCAUUUCUGUGAUGCUCUCUUGGACUACUGUGUUCAUAACGAGACUCAAGGUGUUGAAACUCAACAUAAGAUAUUUCAGGUACCUGACCCAGUAAAAAAAGUAAAAUUGCCAAUUGCAGCCUCUGCCAAACAAGUAGGAGGGGAUUUCAGCUCUGAGAGUCUCACCCAUGAUGGUAAAGGCAAUCAAGAAAAGCCAUCUGUGUCACAGGAGGCAGGAAAAAGUGUGUGCCAUGAUAUGAUCCCAUCCACAAGAGUAAAUUUCUGUUCAUCCAGCUUUAAUCUGGUCUCCCGGAAGAUGAAGAAACACAAUCGCGAAAGUGUCUCCAAGUCUGCAGAGAAGACAUUUCAAUAUUUAAAAGGUCAUGAUCAUAGUACAAAGAAAAAUUCAAAACAGGAAGAAAGGAAAAUGAAGGAGAGGCUCCCCUCAAAAAGCACAAGGCCCAAGAAAACCAGGACAGCAAGCCAAGACGUAAAUUUUGGGAAGAGCAAAUCCUGCCAGGCACAAGACACACCACAGUUCUCUGUGCCAUAACUGCCUGAAACAAAGAAAAGACAACAUGCUGCACAAUACCCGGGUAUAUUUUGGAGCCCCAGUUCUUCAGCCAAUGAAGGCACAUGAAAGUGUCACGUAUCUGAUUUGCUUAAACAAUUCCCAAGACUUUGGUUAUGAAUUAUGACUCUACCAGCGAGGGAGAUAGAUACCUGCAGAAAUCAAAAUUCUUCUUGCUCUUUUUUUUUUUCUGAAAAAAUAGUUCACACACAUUGGCUAAUGUACACAUGGAGUUUCUCUCACCGCAUAAAGAAGUAUCCCAAAUUCUAAACCAGUUUAGUAGGGAGUCUCUCCUGAAUAUAAAGUAUCAUUUGUCUUAAACAACAUACACUGGAUUUGUGAGGCAGACUCCACCUCCAGAAAGAGGUCUGUGAAGAGCUAAGGCCAGCAACCUCGUCAUGACACCUACAGAAGAUAAGCAUAGAGUUUCAUUUCACUGAGAUUUAUUUAUUUUAAGUUGUCAGCAGAUUGCAGAUGAGAAAAAAAAUAGUCAUUUUAUGAUUUCUUCUGAAUAAAAGUGAUUUCUAAACAAUGUAGAAAAAUAUGAAGUCGAAUCCAGCCUCUCUUCUCAUCAGUCGAAGUACUCCCACAGGAAUCCCUGAAGUCUGGUACAAUGGGGCAGUACUAGCUAUAGCUGAGAAGGUUUCUGAUUAACUAGAGGGAAUUGAGUUUUGCUGUGGAGAUUCCCUCAGGAAUGAGGACCAGGGUCAAGUCCAACUUCUGGGAAGCAAGUGUAGUAGCUUACUUUUAAAACAGUAGGCUAAUAUAAGCAAAACACUUUUGAAAGUCCCAGCUUAUCUCAUGCUUGUGAUUGUUAAUAAUUGCUGACAGUGUUGCUGUGCGUGCUUUAACUGCACCACAAGACCUGCAGAGCAGUUCGUUCCACUGUAAAGCCAUGUGAACCUCUCCUUAGUGCACACAAGAAAUUACAUUUCUAUUUCAGGAAGCAGUUCCAGGAAGAAAGGUUUGCACAGGAAUUUAGCAGAAGCUGGCUUCUGGGAAGUGCUCUCCUUUCCCACACACACCAGGCUCCAGCAGCCCAAACACUCCAUCCAAUCUCUCCUACCUCCAGGCAUAUCUGUGUAGAAGCCCUGCUUUCUUUCUCUUCUCCCUUCCCAUUCUUUCUCCAUGAGACAUGUUGAUGAUCAUCCCGCUGCUUACUCCACCCCACACCCAUCACACCUAUCCUUCCCAACUGCACCAUCAUCAGAUAGACUGAGCAUCUGAAGCCAAAAGAGCAGCCAGGGAACACCUGUAAAAUGUCCCUAGGAAGGAGAUCAACAGGGCAUAUUGCAUCCUGCCCAGC